UGACCCGUGCACCGCCUACACAGACCGUUCCCACGCCACAACAGCCUGUGACCUCGUGUCUGCUGCUAAUUACCUCAGCUGGGGGUUGUGGGGAGAUCUGGAGGGUGAAGGACGGCAUCCAACACACAGUCAGGCCAUGGCUACAUUACGCUUUGGGCAGCACAUUAUAAAGGCAUCAGCUGUGUUUCUGCAAACAGACCUGUCUUUCGCUCUGGUUAAUCGGAAACCUGUGGUGCCCGGCCAUGUGUUAGUGUGUCCCGUAAGGCCGGUCGAGCGUUUUCGUGACCUGCGGCCUGAUGAACUGGCGGAUUUGUUCAGCACCACGCAGAGAGUGGCCAACGCUGUAGAGAAACACUUCAGCGCCUCCUCCCUGACCAUCGCCAUCCAGGACGGACCCGAGGCUGGACAGACGGUGAAGCAUGUGCACGUCCACGUGCUACCGAGGAAGCCUGGAGACUUUGAGAGGAACGACAGCAUCUACGAUGAGCUCCAGAAGCAUGACCGAGAAAGCGAAGACAUUGCGUCCAAAUGGAGAUCGGAGGAGGAGAUGGCAAAAGAGGCUACAGAGCUGAGAGGUCUCUUCAGUUAGUUUCUUUUGGUAAAAACAUCUGUAUAAUAUAAACACUGUCCAAUUACUGUCUCUUAGAAAAACAAUUACAUGUUCUCUAUAACUGUGUUCAUGUGGCCUCUACAGAUGCUAAGGAAAAUUGCUCAUUAUUUGGUUUUGCAAUUGUUUGGCAGUAAUAAAUGAUGGAGCUUUGGCUA